AACGCUUGACGGCAAAUAUUUGACCUGUCUGCUUCUUGGAGCUGCAAACUCUCAGCUCACCAUCAUCAUCACCAGCAUCAGUUUGAAUCAACUUGAUAGUUUAUAUUUAUUUUAACGAUCGAAGGUUGCAGAGCAGCAUUGAACAUGGCGGCCUUCAAAUUAGUGCUGAUUCGCCACGGAGAGAGCAACUGGAACCAGGAGAAUCGUUUCUGCGGCUGGUUCGAUGCAGACUUGAGCGAAACCGGGGAGAAGGAGGCGAAGAGAGGAGGACAGGCUCUUAAAGAUGCUGGUUUUGAGUUUGAUCUCUGCUACACCUCUGUAUUGAAGCGGGCCAUCAGGACCUUAUGGCUCGUCUUAGACGGCAUUGAUCAGAUGUGGGUGCCAGUCCAUCGGACCUGGCGGCUCAAUGAGCGCCAUUAUGGAGGUCUAACUGGACUCAACAAAGCUGAGACAGCGGCUAAGCACGGAGAGGCCCAAGUGAAAAUCUGGAGGCGCUCAUUUGACAUCCCUCCUCCCGUCAUGGGCCCCGACCAUGACUACUACACUAUCAUCAGCAAGGAUCGUCGCUAUGCAGACCUAACUGAGGACCAGCUGCCAUCCUGUGAGAGCCUGAAGGACACCAUUGCACGUGCACUGCCUUUCUGGAAUGAGGAGAUUGCCCCUCAGAUCAAACAAGGGAAACGGGUGCUCAUUGCUGCCCAUGGAAACAGUUUGAGGGGAAUUGUGAAGCACUUGGAGGGAAUGUCAGACGAAGCCAUCAUGGAGCUGAACCUGCCAACUGGCAUCCCGAUCCUCUAUGAGCUCGACAAGAACCUGAAGCCAGUGAAGCCUAUGCAGUUUCUGGGAGAUGAGGAGACUGUGCGCAAAGCCAUGGAGGCUGUUGCUGCUCAAGGAAAAGCCAAGAAGUAACAAGAGAGAAAUGAAUAAAUAAAUAAAUAACAUAAUAGUCUAUUUAGUGUGAAGGUAUAAGUAAUCCCUGAAAGCUAACCUCAGAUUAGUGUGUUUCCCAAAUGCUAAUAAGUUUCAGGACAUGCAGUGACUUGCCUUGCAUAUCUGGGACUUGCAGGGCAAGUCACAGAUAUGGAUGGAUAUAUUUCAGAGAAAGUGAAACCACAGCUCUCAAGAGAUGGGAAAAAAUUAUAAAAUAAUAUUUAUUAGGAAUUGUCAAAGCUUGUAGUAAAAUAUAUAUAUACCGACUUGAACGAAACUUGAAUGUUGCCAUAAGCUUGAAACUCACAAGAUUUUUAGUUUAAUUUUUGAUGCUCAACAUGCAUAGUAUGUUUGCAACAAGUAAAAACUUACAUACUCUGUUUAUUCUGUGUUUUUAAGUUUGUUUUCUGCACCAGGGAUCCUUUAAUGCGUGAUUGCAUGUGGCAUUUUGAAUAUGUGCUUUUAUUUGCUCAAUUUUCAGUGUUUACUUCAGGAAAACUAUUCAAGGGAAACAGCUGUGUAAUUUUUCUUGAGAGUGAGAUGGGAUUUUUAGAGCAGGAAAUUGUUUUUCUUUCACUGCAUGUCUUUAGGCUGUGCACCAUCUUUAUGAAUGUUGUCUGUGUUUUUGUCUGAAAUCUAGCAACUUUUGUCUCUGAACAUUGACUAAUAUCUCUUUGCAAGUAUAACACUAUAAAAAAUGAUCAUUCCCUUAUUUUGCUAAGAGUUUACCAAUUUUACAGUGCUAAGAACAGACGAAGAGUCUCAAACUAAACUGUUUGUGUGGUUUCACCAUAUUUGGUGUUAUUGGUUUAAUGUCCCUCCCACCAUGUCCUACAAUAUUGUUGCUUGUUUUAAUUUAUGCAAUGGUGCUUAAAAGAACCAUUAACUAAUCAAUCAAAAAGUAUAUGUGUGUCUGUGUUGUCUUCCUGCCUCUUUAUGAAAAGUACUUCUUUGAGAAAGUGAUUUUAAAUGUAAACAUCAACACAUGGAUAAUGAUUCAAUGGUGAUGUGGAUUUUUGCUUGUUGGCCAAAAAGUUUAACUUUUAUCUGACCAGAGCAUGUGUCCCCUGUGUCCUCUAUAUUGUGUGCUGUGUGGUAAUCUGCAAACAGUGCUUGUGGCUUUCUGUCAUCAGUUGCUUUCUUCCCUCUCUCCCAUAAAGACUAGAUUUGUGAAGAGUACAAUUAAUAGUUGCUCUCCUUGACCCACUUGUCAUUUUCAAUAGGUGGCCAUGUCUUACUGUGUUUGAACUUUCAAUAAUGAUGUCCAAAGGGUCACUUGGGGGAUUUCAAUGGAAUAAAAAGAGGUCACUCUGUCA